GAAGAUCGCCCUCCAUACUAUCCCUGCUCACAUCCGGGCGAGAGCUGCUCAAGUGCGCAGUGCAUCUGCUUUCGGAACAACGUGCCCUGUGAGAAAAUGUGCAGUUGCGAUGCAAGCUGCGAUCGGAAAUGGCAAGGAUGCUCAUGUUCGACGAAGACCAGGAAGGGCCAGAAACACGUCUGUUUCGAGGAUGAUCGUUGUGCGUGCUACGGUCUCAACCGGGAAUGUGAUCCUGACUUGUGCGGGACAUGUGGCGUCUGUGAGGUUCUCGACCCAUUGCAUCGACCUCACGACACCAUUCUCUCCGGGCGCUGCAACAACGCCAACAUCCAACGCGGCGUCGCCAAGCGUACACUGCUGGGCACGAGUAUGGUGCAUGGAUUCGGCCUCUACGCAGGGCAGAAGAUCGUCGAACAUGAUUUUGUCGGCGAGUACAAAGGCGAAAUCAUCACUAAAAGCGAGUCCGACCGACGUGCGGCCGUGUACGAGCAUCAAAAGCUGAGUUAUCUUUUCUCGCUGAACAAAACGCAAGAAAUCGACAGCACGUAUUUUGGCAACAAAGUUCGGUUCAUCAAUCAUGCCGAUAGCAAGAAGGCCAAUCUCUAUCCUCGAAUAAUGCUUGUCAACCUGGUCCAUCGGAUUGGCCUUUUCGGCUCUCGCCAUGUCAAAAACGGAGAAGAGUUGUUCUUUGACUACGGA